AAUUCGACGCCAUUUUUUUUCCAACACAAAAAAUGUAUAUUCUUCUGCUCUGCCUGGCUCUCUCUCACCGCCAGUGUAUUUUGUGUUGGGAAAAUCAAUUGUCCAGGAAGAAUAUAUUUUUUUGGAUUUACUUUUUUCCUCGCCUCAAUAAAGCAAAAUAAUUCCCUCCAAGGAACCCAAAUGCAUAGUUUACGCCCGUCUAGCCCAAUUCUGCCCUCAAUAAAUUACCAUUAAACCUGUGAAAUAUACAUUUUGUUACGUGAUAUUACGAGUGUUGUUUUUUAUAUGGUGUGGAAAUUAUAUUAAAAAAACAAAAAAAGCGUUCGCCCGCGAUACACCACCAUCAUACACUUGAGAAAAAGAAUCCUCCCAGAAGUGGCAUUUUCAUUUUUAUGCAAAGCAAUAUAAAUUUUUCUUCCAUUGCUCUCGCCCCUUUAGCUCUAUAUAGUUACUUGCAGCACCUCUGAGUUGAGUGUGUGUGGUUUUUUUCGUUUUCGUUUUUUUUUUUUAUUGUAUUUGUUGUAGAGAAACAGUUUUUUUUUCUCAUCUUCGUUCGAAGCGCUUAUUGUAGCGCACCUUUUUGGACGCAACGGCGCCUUCAAAUCGGAUUGAUCGAGGGCUUUCUGUUUCUCUAGCAAGGAAGUGGUCUUUUUUGUACAACUCCACAAAUGCGGCGGCCGUAGCAGACCCGGGGAGAACAAAAAAGGUCAGCUGAUUGUAUAAUAUUAACUUAAAAUGGACGAAAUUGAAGAGGUUCAACAGCACAAUAUGAUCUCAAACUUACCUCUCUUAUUUGCCAAUGGCUACCCAACUGCACUCGAAAAGAUCACUGAAAGUCAAUUAGAGAACUUUAUACCAUUCAUGGUGCAAUGUUCCCUUGGACAUAUCAAUUUACAAGGCAAAAUCGACUACAGCGAACCAGAAUGGUGGCCAGAAAAUGUUGCCUACACGAUACCAUUCACAAAACCAAAAAAAUUCACUGGGAACUGGCUGGAAAAAAUGAAAGAGAUUGUCGUCAUUUGUUAUCAAUUUCACAAAAGUGUAUUUUUGCUGAGAUUCUGUAACGAUUUAGCUGCCUACGAACAUGCUAGUUUACGAUUUAUCAAUAAUUAUAAUUCAACGACGUCAUUGUUUGACAGGCGGAGCAAUAAGCUGUUGGUAACAUUUCGGAAUGAGAAUAUGUCUUAUGAUCAGCCACAACGAAUUAGAAAAUGCCUGCUACAGCAAAAAUCUAAGCUUAACUCACAGCAGCAGCAGAUGGUUGAGCCAGCGCCCUUUGAUAUUUAUCUCUGUGAUAAUUGUGAUGCUGAAUUGUACUCAGAGGAAGCCAUUGUGGAGCACGAGAAAACAUGUAAUUUGGAUGAUGAUGUCAUAAUUUGUGACUCACCGGAACCUAUUGAAGACAAUCAAAUUAAUAAUUUAUCACUAAACACGACUGAAAACAAUGAACUACGUAUAGGCUUUUUAUUAAAUUUUAAUUUACAAAGCCGAGAAUGUGGCCAUACAGCAUCAAAAGACUCCUCCUCAUCAUCCCCUAUGAAUUCAGCUGGCGGCGGCAUAAUUGCAACCAAAGACGCCAACACUUCAGGUUCUGCUAUGGAUAAACUCAAACGUUUACCGCGACGUAAUCGUGCUGUGCAUUCACUUUCACGCUGUCCAACAAUAGCCCUAUCAUCGCCGGCCGGACAGCUCCUAAUAAAGACCUCAAAAACCCUAAUGACACAAGACUACCUCAUGGAACGACUGGAUCGAAUGGAACGUUUCUGUUAUGCGCCCACCCUCGCCAAAGGCGCUAACAAACCAAAGUUCGUCGAUAAAAAAUACACAGCCCCCGUAACACAUUGUACAUUUAAAAAGCCCCCAGAUUACACAAUACACACGUAUAUGUUCCCUCGACGGCAAUUCUCCCAACGACAACGCACAGAGAAUUUCAUGUUCCUAAAUUCGUUGCUUAUCAAGCGAUGUCGUCCGAUCUCUGUACGACUGCGAAAGAUCACCGACAAGGAAAUGAUCAAACGCAAACGUACAAGUUUCUCGAAUAAGCUUAAUAUCAAAUUAACCCGCGACACAUCUAGAUCUUCGAAUUGGAAGAUAUCCUCGCCAUCGACACAAAUAAUUGUCGACACAAUUGACUUGUGCUCCUCGGGCGAUGAGGGUGACACACAGUUGGCCAAAAUACAGCGCGUACACACUCCAGACAGUAGUAGUAUAAGAUCUCAUCUCAACAAAUCUCAAACGCAGCAGACCAUUAAAAACUUUCCACAUCGCCUUAAUUCUGAGAUCACUCUAACGCCAAUUCCACGUGAGCCUUUAAAUAAUGUUUAUAGUAUUUGUGGAUCAUCGAAUCGACACAGUUUACCUAUGUUGGGCUCUUCGACUACAGUCGUGGCGGCGGCAACAUCUACAACACACUCCAAAAAUGGCCAUAACAGUCAUCGAGUGGUGAUGAAAAAAGAAGACAACAAACCACUUACACCUUCACCCUCUCCAUCACCCAUCAAACGCUACGAAGGUAACAUUCUCUUAUCACCAACAACACAAAAUGGAGGAAGCGUUGCAACUGGAAUUAUCGCUACAAAACCUCUUCAACCAUCCGUGUUCAUAUUUUCCAAUUACACAACGACACCAAUUUCUAUCAAUUCCUUCCUUUCAACACCAUCGGCGACGAUUGCUGGAACAACAAGCGUUGCGGCCAACAUAAAUAAUAAUAACAACAACAACAAUGACCUGAUAGUGAGUAGUAGUUAUCAAAACGAGGAAAACCACCAUGAGGCCAGUUCAAGAACGAAAAAGAAAAACUCUGACUGGUAUCCGGCGUCAAUAGCGGCGAACAAUAUUACAAUAAGUAGUACGUUGAAUAAUAGUAGUAGUAAUAGUGUUAGUGUUAGUAGUAAAACGGUAAGUGGUAGUGGUGGUAGUAGUGGUAGUGAACGUAGCUCAAGAAGUUUGCCAUUAAUGCCAUUUGGUUCGGCUAGCCGGGUUAUAUCAAUAGACUUGACAUCAUAAAUACUGAUGUAAUACAUAAUUUGCUUUAAAAACAAAAUAACAAACAAAAUGUAUUUGUUGAUGCUUGACAAGAGAAAAGCUUCUAUAACGGAUGUUGAUUUAGGACAAAUUAUAAUCAUCAAGAAUGAAAACAAUCUGAAUAACAAUGAAGCAUAGAUAAGGUCAUAUUUUAGUGACUUUACAACCAUUUUAGUAUUGAUCUAGAAAUACACAGUUCUUCCAACUUUUUUUUUUGUAUGAGAAAAAAUGAAAAGUCUUGAUGAAAAUGAUGUCUAAAUAAAAGCUUUCAAAUGUAUGAACAGUUAACAAAAACAAAAAAUUAUUACAAGCUGAGAUUAAAAAAAAAAAAA